AAUAAGGUGUGUACGUUGGAGAAAAGUGAGUCAAUUUACGUGUAUGUACUCGUAGAUAUUCAGUUGACAAAAUUGUGCCCGAUGCACUCAUUGUUUCGCGCGAUUCAUUGAUACAUUUAAUUAUUAUAGAUACAAAUUUUUCUAUCCUAUUUACGAUGAUAACGAUUACAAGAAGACUCGUAUUCUGUUUUGUUGGAAUUGAAUUUUUCAUUUGUUCGGCAGAAAUUAUAAAAAAACCACAUGGAACAACAAUAUUCGGUGAGCCAUGCGAAAGGGAUUACCAUUGCAUCGAGAAUGCAUUUUGUCGUGGUCAAAGAAUUUGUCAAUGCGAACAACAUUAUUCACCGAAUCCUGAAAAGACGGCUUGUCUCGCAACAGCCGGAUUGAGUUGCGAGGAUGAUUCUAUUUGUGCAACCAUGUCCAAUGCAAUUUGCCGUCAAAACGUGUGUUCUUGCAAAGAUGAGUUCACAUUGGAUAUAAAUAAUUCGUCUAAUUGUAUCAAAAGGCCAUCGAGGGAAGGCGACGCUUGCCAGAGAAGGGACGAAUGCGAAGAAGCCAUGGAACGUGCAAUAUGCAUCGAUAAUAAAUGUCGUUGCUUCACUGGUCUACAUUUCGUCAACGAAACCGGCAAAUGCAUUCAAGCUCGCAAUUUAUAUAAUUCGUGUAACAAAGAUUAUGAGUGUAUCCUCGAUGGUAAACCUAAUGUUUUACAAUGCAAAAAUAACGAAUGCGUUUGCAGGGACAACGAUUUGCGGUGCAACACAGGUACGUUCGUUGCAGCAACGAUAGGAUUAAUCGUAUCGACUCUAAUCUUAGCACGGACAGCUUAAUUCCUAUAACAAUGCAUUGUAUAGUAUUAUUGUUAACAGCAAAAAACAGAACAAUUUUACACAUU